AUGGCGUCUGCCGAGGAGGAAAAGCAGAGCUCUUCGGGCUUGGAGUUCAAGCUGCAUCCCCUCGUGCUGAUAAAUGUCAGCGAACACCACACUCGGGUGAAGGCGAAUCUGGAGCCCCACGUGACCGAAACGCCCCGUGUGCUUGGUUGCCUUCUCGGAGUUCAAUCGGGCAGGAGUGUUGACCUCAGCAACUCCUUCGAAAUUCCGUACCGACAGAGCCCAGAGGCGCCAGUCAUCGAUUGGGAAUUCAUGGAGAAGAGAUUGGAGCAAUAUAAAGAUGUGUUUCCCAAGCUGGAACUGGUUGGCUGGUAUUCAACGGGAAGCGAAUUGAGAGAAGCGGACAUGGUGAUACACAGGAGGGUCAUGGAAAAGACUGAGAGCCCAGUGUUUUUGAUGCUCAAUCCUGCUGUGGACCCCACAAGGAAAGAUAUUCCUGUCACCUUGUAUGAAACAGAACUACAUGUCAUUGAUGGGAACCCAUCGUUCAUCUUUGUGAGGGCCAGCUACACCAUUGAGACCUCAGAAGCAGAGAGGAUUGGCGUGGAUCAGGUUGCCAAAAUUCUCCCAUCUGGAAAGGCUUCGGGAUCGGAUCAGCUGACUGCUCACUUGGUUGGAAUGCACUCGGCCAUCAAAAUGCUGAACACACGACUACGUGUAGUGUACAGCUUGCUUGAGAAAAUGUCCAAUGAAAUGCCACUGGACCACAGCUUGCUGCGCAAAAUCUCGAGCCUCGUGCAUCAACUCCCAGUGAUGGAUGCAUCCUCCUUCCAACACAGCUUUCUUGAGGUGACACUGCCAUGUCAGGCUGUUGGGAGACAAGUGAUAUGGUUGUCAUGUUGCUUGCGGUGGAGCUAG